CGCCUCAUCCGCUCCCGCCUGUCCGCCUGUCGGGAUCAAGAGACCUCAACUCAACUUGAACAUCUCUCUAUCCUCUUUCUCUCUCUCUCUCUCUCCAAGCCGUGUAUCUUGUCUCCAACCUUCCUCAUCGCUCAUCUGUCUCUGAUUGUAACCAGUGCCGGCUCGCAGCCAGCUCUCUUCCUUCUGCACUCUUCUCAUCUCGCUCAUCACUCAUUAUUCAUCACCUCUGCUGCUCACCUCUCGCACUUUUCGCUUACAGCUGACAGCCUCACAGCAUGUCCCACGGCCGAGCAGGCGAAAGCCAUCGCAGCAAUGGACGGGCAAAACGCACCAUGUCUCUCAACGCUCGGUACGACAACCUUGUAAUGCUGCAUCAGCCGCGCCCACUCCGGUUGCGCAAUCCUCCUCCCUCGCGCGACAAGGUCGACUGUCGCAACGCACGGGACCGCGCCGCGCUCUAUGAGCGCUUUGGCAUCUCGGAUGUAACCCCCAGAACCUUCUCAUCCAUCGAGCUUCCUCAUCUACCCUCCCGUCUGCAUGCGUUGGAUCAAGUUAGGCAACGGGAGACUCGGCGCACGCUUCAGCCCAGAGAUGCAGUCCCAGAAUCAGGCCCAGAGGCAGACCCGGAACCAGAGCAAUGGCUUGUGGACAUCAUGUUCCCCGAACACUCGCAACAGUCGACUUUCCCGGUGGCCGCAGAGCAAGCACCUUCCUCCGCCCCGUCGCCGGCCGUUUCACCCUUCGAGGACACCAUCCCGCUCUCUCUCGGUCAUCAACCAUACUUCUGGCAGCAGUCACCUCAACAAAUGCAAAUCGCAAUGGGUCAUUCACCCGCUCCUGCUCUGUUCUACCCGCAACCCGUGCCAUCGCUCGAGUCUAAUACCAGCUUCACACCUCUGACGACAAUGCCUAAUAUGCCUUCAAUGGGCGUGGCCGGAUGGGCUGCACCUUGGGGUACCGCAACUAUUGACAUACCAACGCCCGCGUCCUUUGUGCCACUGUGGCUCGCGCAGCACGGCGUAGUGGACGCUGCUGGUCGCCCUAUCCACCUUCCGUUAUCAGUCCUCUCACCACAGUCCCUCUCACUUCCGGAACAGCGAUCACGCCGGUCUUCACGUCGCUCGGGUCGGAAACGACGACGCCGGCGUUCUCCGUCCGCUUCAUCUGAAUCAGAUCUCGAUAGAGACAGAAAAUCUGACGGAUGCGAAGACCAGCGCCCUCCUCUCGGUUCACAUCCUUACAAGAGCCCGAAUGUCGCCGACUCUUCAUCGGAUGGGGACGGUCUCGAGGUCGCAGGUUCCGGCAAGGACCCGCUCGCGUCGGGGGAAGGUAUAACAGGCAUCCUCAAAGAGCCCAUUGCCCGUGCCAUGGAACGUCGUGACGAGAAAUACCGCCCGAAUUCCAUCAACUCGGAGCACGACCGAGAUCAAGAGUCUGUGCUCAACCCCAAGCCUUUUGCCCGGCCCGGCCCCUCCGCUCGCGAACAGGACUUGGGCGCCCGUGUCCAUGGUCCGAGUUUGGUCACCCAACCUUUCGUCCAAGCUGGCAAGUCGUGUGACGUCCAUCUGUCUGCGUCACCAACAUCUCCACAGCGCAAGGCUCGGAUCCCUCGCGAGUCCAACCGCACUCCCUUCCCGACACUUCCUUCAGCUGCGACACCCAUCACCUCGCAGCGGUCUAGCAAUACGCACAGAGACCCCUGCGACGAGCGUUUGAGUGGGACGCUCAAGUGGUCUUCCCCGGUAAUGCCUGAGGCCGAGAACGCCAUCAUGCGCGACGGGAGUUCCUCCCCCUUCCUCCAACCAGUAGCUGUGUAUCCCCCUACGCCAGCGACAACUGUACCCAGCUCUGUCUGUCGCUCACACCCGAGCGCGCAAACCAGCUCUGAGUUCGGGGGCAAGUCGCCGGCACGGGUGCAACGCGCCACGGAGCGCGCGUGGGCCGCCUUGGCCGCCAUGCAGCCGCGGCAUGAGCAGCAAGACCCGGUUGCGGAGGCUAUGCCGGCUCCUCCCUCCCCAGCCCUUGCGCCAGUUGACGCUGAGGUGUCUGACGAGGGCGAGGCGUUCAUCGAUGUCGAGGACGAGGAGGAAAUUUAUCAGUUCUCCGAUGACGAGCACUUCGGCGCGUUUGACGCCGUCCUUGACGCCGACGUUCCGCAGUUUGACCUGUCUUGGGACGACGAGGAGGAGGAGAAGGGCAGCGAGGCGGGCCCGUGCGAUCAAGAGAUGCCGCGGUCUAACCUCAAGUCAGGUGUGACGCCGGGCCACCCCGCAGGCAAGCGCGUACGUUUCGCUUGGGACAUUGGAAGUCUGGGUGAGAGUGACCCGGGGUUCAAGGUGUGGCGCGACGGGUAUUAGCGACAAACACGCCCACGCUCAGAGCCCCUCGCGUGCCGAGCAGCAGCAACAGGCAGGCGACACUCGAUUGAUCUCAACAGAUGACAAAUCAGG